AUGGGCAAUGUUUCUCCCGAAAAGAUCAUCACAUCCCCAGGGACAGGAGAUGGGAAACCCCCGGCAUCCGAGCCGAACAUGUCGCAGUCCGACUCGGCACCUGAUGUUACAAACAGCAAAUACGCACAAUCAGGAUACUCAGGGCACCCGUCGACCUCGGCCUAUCCAGCUCCCGGACGCUAUGGACCGCCAUCGCCUUUGAACAUGAGCAACAUGGUAUACUCGCUCCCGAAUCACCAAUCCCCGUCAUCCCCUUUUGAAGGCCAGCAUCUCAUCCACCAAUAUCCACCAACCCAUCCCCAAGGCCUCGGUUAUCCGAUACAGUCCAUGGGUCCUUAUGCUGGCCCAAACCCUGUUGGAAGCGGACCAUAUGCAGUACCUUUCGCACCAGGGUACGCGCCUUACUCGAUGCAGCACCCUGGAACGGUCCAGCACCUUCCCGGUCACUAUCCACAGUAUAUGGCAAAUCCCUCAAUGCAGAAUAUGGGUCCGGGACAACCCCCCACGUAUGGAGCAAGUUAUUAUCACCAGGGUUAUAUACCACCUUCUCGACAUGGAUCACAAUCAGGGCCAGGGCAAAUGCGGCACUCGGGCUCUCAAUCCAGACAGAGCAGUCUGUCACAGGGACACUCGGUAUCGAACCAGGGAUCUACCAACAAGGCUACAGAUAAGGAGGCUUCGAAGGAGGAAUAUGACGUAUCGAAGACAAUUGUGGAUGGCUCGAACCCGAUGAAAUUGGCACAACUUUCAUCCAUCCCGCACGAUUCGACCCUUCCCUCACAAUCAGUGGCAACUGUGCCUAACACCCCCCGCGGACCACCUCGAAAGCCGAAGCAGUCUGGCCAUGCCCUCUGGGUGGGCAACUUACCACCCGGGGCGAGCGUGGUGGAUCUCAAAGACCAUUUCUCGCAAGAAGCAACCAACGACAUUGAAAGCGUGUUUCUUAUAUCCAAGAGUAAUUGUGCGUUUGUGAACUACAAGUCGGCCGCCGUAUGUGCAGUCGCUCUUGCCCGCUUCCACGACUCCCGCUUCCAGGGUGUCCGCCUCGUUUGCCGGCUCCGCAAGGGCUUUACAGCUCCGGGGUCAGGCCUGGCCGUGGGCGUGGCGGGUCCAGGCUCCAGGCCUCGUCCAGAAGAGAAGACAGAUCCUCGUCCUACUACCGAAGCUGGAUCGUUAGCGGAGACCACGAUUCCCAGGCCACUGGUGGAUGGGGCGGUUUCCCGCAGUCUGGAUCGGUACUUUAUCGUUAAGAGUUUGACGGUAGAGGAUCUCGAGCUGAGCAAGCAAAGCGGAAUCUGGGCGACGCAGACGCACAAUGAAACCAACCUGAAUCACGCAUUUGAGAAUACCGAUCAUGUCUACCUCAUUUUCUCGGCGAACAAGUCGGGCGAGUACUUUGGCUACGCUCGCAUGCUAUCACCCAUUAGUGACGACGAGGAGCUCGCCUUGGAGAUGCCGCCUCGUCCGGAGCCCUUACCCGGCACGGCCGAUGAACUCGAGGUGACCACGACUGCGGCGACCUCGACUGCGCCCAAGGGCAGAAUCAUCGAUGACUCGGCCCGCGGCACGAUUUUCUGGGAGGUUGAUUCUUCCGAAGACGAGCACGACGAUGGCAGUGGUGAGAAGAGCGGCGAGGCUUCGGGGUCGGUUGCCGGUCCCGGCCCUCCGCCUUCCGUCUCGGGGCCCAUCAUCACUGUCGACGACGAGGAGGCGCAGUCAUUCGGCAAGCCCUUUCGCAUUCAGUGGCUGUCAACGGAGCGCGUACCGUUCCAUCGGACACGGGGUCUCCGUAACCCGUGGAAUGCUAACCGCGAGGUGAAGAUUGCACGCGACGGUACCGAAAUCGAACCGAGUAUCGGGCGGAAAUUGAUCGCCCUGUUCCACCUGCCUUGA